UAAGCUAAAAGAAAUAAACAGAAAAAAUGUGCGUUUCUAUCCUGAAGUUUUUGUAAUAAUUUCGUUCUAAUUAGCUGACUACUGUUCUGUCCCUAAAUCUAAAAAAGCUACAUAUAGAAGGCAAAAAUGAGUGAUUCCGAAUCGGACACUAACGAUCAGGCCGGAAAUAUCGAACACUUCAACGGCCCAGUUGAAAACGCAUGGCUUCUUAAAAUUCCAGAGUUUAAGAAGGAGGACAAUCCGAAUGGUGUUCUGGAAGAGAGCUCAUUUUCCUGUCUGUUUCCUAAAUAUCGGGAAAAGUACAUCAAGGAGUGUUGGCCACUGGUCGAGAAAGCUCUAGAGGGCAAUCAUCUUAAAGCGGAAAUGGAUUUGAUUCAGGGAAACAUGACCGUGAAAACUACCAGGAAGACGUGGGAUCCGUUUAUCAUUCUGAAGGCAAGAGAUUUAAUCAAGCUGUUGUCCAGAUCGGUUCCUUUCGAGCAGGCUGUUAAGGUUUUGGAUGAUGAAAUCAGUUGCGAUAUCAUCAAGAUUAAGAAUCUUGUGCGAAACAAGGCAAAGUUUGUGAAACGAAGAAAUCGAUUAAUCGGUCCCAACGGAUGCACUUUGAAAUCACUAGAGCUGCUGACUAACUGCUAUGUUCUGGUACAAGGUGCAACCGUCUCUGCUAUUGGUCCGUACAAAGGACUUCAGUGCGUUCGGAAGGUCGUGGAAGAGACGAUGAAAAACAUUCACCCAAUCUACAACAUCAAAGCCCUAAUGAUUAAGCGGGAACUGAUGAAGGAUGACAAAUUGAAGGACGAAAACUGGGAACGGUUCCUACCCAAGUUCCAAGCAAAGAAUACGACCAAGCGUAAGAAACCAAAGGAGCAGAAGAAAAAGAAGAACAAAGAGCAGACGCCAUUCCCGCCUCCGCUGCUGGAGAGUAAAGUAGACAAGCAGUUGGCUUCCGGAGAGUACUUCCUUACCGAUGCUCAGAAAAGUGUCAAGCGCAACCAGGAACGGAAGGAUAAAGAGAAAAAGAAUUCCCAAGUACAGAAGACACGUCGCGAAAUGGAUUUUGUUGCUCCCGAUGAGAGUAAAUCUAAGAUGGAAAACGUUGGGAGUGGUAAAUUAGAUGUUAAAGCCUUGAAGAGUAAAAUAGCGAAAGCUAACAAAAGAAAUAAGAAGUAACCUAGAAAAUAAAAAAUACUAUGAAAUAAAUAAAGAAAACAUU